UAGGUUGGUUGCACUGUAGCAUUGAAAAUCGGCGUGAAUUUUCUAGAAAUGUACUUCCUCAUAGUUGGUUAACGGUAGUUCAUUUGUGUUAAAAUGAAAGUAUUAGCCUGUUGCUGUAUAUAAAAAUAUAUUAGGGGAUUAAUGUUUGUGGAAAAUCUCAAAGUAGCAAGCUUGGAUAACUUUUAAGUCUUUGCGUCACCCCUUCAAGUAGCCUAACAUUAGCCACCAUCAGCGACUUGCUAGCUAGCUACCUACAGUUAAAAAACAUUACCGGGUAGCGAGCCAAUUCACUCUGCGUCACGUAGCUAGUAAGCUAGCUAGCUUUUAGCUAACAGCUAACUAUUAACGUUGAGAGAUUACGUUAUAUAGUGUGACAAAAAGGGAUGAAUCAUAAAAGUAAGAAGAGAAUCAAAGAGGCAAAAAGAAGUGCGAGACCCGAACUGAAGGAUUCACUAGACUGGACGAAACAUGACUACUGCGAAAAUUUUGAUUUGUCACAUCGAACAGUGAAGGACAAUGUUGAGCGCGUGGAUUCACUGCAGCUGAGUCCAGAGGAAUUUAUUCAGCAAUUUGAGAAGCCCUACAAGCCCGUGGUUCUGCUGAGCUGUCAGAGCACCUGGCCUGCCCGUGAGAAAUGGACACUGGAGCGCCUGAAGCGCAAGUACCGCAACCAGAAGUUCAAGUGUGGUGAGGAUAAUGAUGGCUACUCUGUGAAGAUGAAGAUGAAGUACUACGUGGAAUAUUUGGAGUCCACCCGGGAUGACAGCCCCCUCUAUAUCUUCGACAGUAGCUACGGCGAGCAUGCCAAACGUAGAAAAUUGCUGGAGGACUACGAAGUGCCUAUUUUUUUCCGUGAUGACCUCUUUCAGUUUGCUGGGGAGAAGCGAAGACCUCCGUACAGGUGGUUUGUUAUGGGACCUUCUCGCUCUGGCACUGGAAUACAUAUUGACCCUCUUGGCACCAGUGCAUGGAAUGCCCUGGUACAGGGGCACAAGCGCUGGUGCCUGUUUCCCACUCAUACUCCACGCGAGCUCAUCAAGGUCACCCGUGAUGAAGGGGGCAACCAGCAGGACGAGGCCAUCACCUGGUUCAAUGUGAUCUAUCCCCGCACGCAGCAGCCUACCUGGCCUGCCGAGUUUAGACCCCUGGAGAUUCUGCAGAGGCCCGGGGAGACUGUCUUCGUUCCGGGUGGCUGGUGGCACGUGGUUCUGAACAUGGACACAACCAUUGCUGUGACUCAGAAUUUUGCCAGCACGACCAACUUCCCCAUCGUAUGGCAUAAGACUGUGCGUGGUCGGCCGAAGCUGUCUAGGAAGUGGUACCGCAUCCUGAAGCAGGAGCGGCCUGAACUUGCAGCAUUGGCAGAUGCAGUGGACCUGCAGGAAUCAACUGGAAUUGCCUCUGAUAGUUCUAGUGACUCCUCAUCCUCCUCCUCUUCCAGCUCAUCAGAUUCAGAUUCUGAGGGUGAGUCGGGCUCCGAGGGAGAUGCCAUGUCACAUCGCAGAAAGAAGCGACGGACCUGCAGCAUGAUGGGAAACGGUGACACCACCACUCAGGAUGACUGUGUGAGCAAAGAGCGCAGCUCCUCGCGGUGAUGUCCCAAAUGGAAGCUACACAGCGCAUUCAGAAGAGAUUCUGCCCACUCCUUUUUUUGAAGAGACUAUCCUGUCCAUGACAAGGGAGGUGCCAGGGACUGCCUUUGGGUCUCUACCACAAUUGUGCAUCUGUAUUUAUAAGUAAAAGCGCUGUCCCCUAACCUCUAUUUACUAGAUUUACUAGUGUGCUCUUAAAGUCCAUACUUGAUAGAGUGACAGCAGCAGACACAGGCUUAGUGGCUUUUACAAAGCUAUGUUUUAACGUGGUGUUUUUUCUUCUUUGGGUAAAUUGGACAGUUGGGAAAUUGACAGUGGCCCUCUGUUGCCUUGUUAUCACUGAAUGUGGGAUAAAUGGGCUGAGCUGUCCCACAGGGCCGAGGGGUUCUCUUCUGCAGUGCCAGGCUCUUGUCUUGUAAGGGAGAUGUGUGUGGGAACAGGGUUUUGUCAAUGAUUAUGUUCAGAAAUUGGAUUAUGGUUUCCUCGUGGAAUAAUUUAGUGUUUGGUGUUUAUGCUCGCUACCUUGAUGUAUGAGGAAAAGAUGAAAAUUCUGGAAGUUAGGCUAUAGCCAUCCUUGAAGACAGAAAUGUGUUCUGAAUAUCACAAUAACAUGGGUAAACACUGUUGGGCUCAAAUGAGUUUAAAAAAUAAAUAAAUACAAGUUUUAAAAGUAUCCAAAUAUUAAAUAGUGUCAUUUUGGGUUGAUUCAAAUGUAUCGAUCAGUACAGCAAUAGAACAGUUACGAUGUUAAAGAAAAAAGAGGCCAGUUAUAGUGUUGUCCAGGUUUCAGCAUGGGUGUUUGUGUUUGGCAGAGGUAAUUUAAAGUUCUUUAUUAAUGGAAUAUCCCAAAUGUGAAUUGCAGGGCAAAAAGUUGAAUGCCUACAGUACUGGCACAAAUUAUGGAAACAUUGCAUUUAUGAACAGAGUUUGACUAUUAAUACACUAUUUUGCAACAAUUUCUCUUUUUGGCACAGUGUAAUAUGUAAUAAAUGUAAUAUGAACAUAAAAAUGAAGAAGUAAUUGGCAUUUGUGUUAAGCAAGUAAUCAUUAAACCUUCCUUUAUGUAUUGGUUCAUACCUACAUACUUGAGCAGUCUAAUCUAACUUACUGUUGGGAAUUUUAUAAUCAGCUUGCACGUAUAUUUAUUUGUCCAGUAUUUUUUUUAAAAAUUUUUUAUACAUAAAAGUAUUAUAUUCAUGCAAAGAAAACCUUUUUUGUUCCUCAUGCAUGCAUAUUUUAUUUCAAAUUACUGAUGGUCACAUAAUGCCCUUACCACUCACAGUCAAGAAGAUAACGGUUUCAAAUGCAUUUGAAAAUAGCUCAGAUACAACAGAGGAAAUGGCACAGAUAAGAGUUUCAAGAUACUAAACUUCUUUAAGCAAAGUGUUUCCAUAAUUUUGUUCCAGUACUGUAUGUGUUGCAUUUAGAAAUCAGGGCAACUAGGAUUCAUGUUGAUAUUGAAGGAAAGUGAUCAGUAUCACAUUUUUGCACAAUCUACUUUUAUAUCAUUGUUUUAGUUGUGCUUUGAAUAUCAUUGGAUGGCGGUUUUUUUAAAAGGCAGGGUUUAGAUUUUAGGUGAGAAAACCACAUGACAGAGGCUGCUAAUUUAUUUGAAAUGGCUUCCCCCCCCUUUUUUUGAUUAUUAUCAGGACCGUUUUUAUGUAAAUACAUUGCAGAUUUGGACUUUUAGAUGCUGGUUUAUUAAAUAAAAUCAAAUGGCCCUUAGGAUAUUUGUAUGUAUAUCACAUUGUAAACAGUUAAUUAUCUCAUUUCUGAACAAAGACAGUUGAAUGAAAAAUCACAAAGUCCCAGAAGUACCUGAAGUGUGGAGGUAAACCAGAUGCCUCCAUAGAAGCUAGUAAAUUAGAAUAUUAAUAUGAAUAAAAUUAAAACAAGUUGCAUCUCUUACUAAGGGAUUUCUGUCACAGUUCUGUUUACGAUUUGUUGAAAUGGGUUCAAAUAACAUUGAAUAUUGCCACAUUGAGUUCCUGUUGUAACACCUGAAGACUAUAUGUGCAGUGCAAUUGUCAGUUGAGAAAUAAAAUCUUUUGUCAGGAAGACAAAUUAAAACACUAUAAAUUAUGGCAGGCUAAACUGCUGUUUUGAAUAAAUGUAUUUUUAUGUAUUUGUUCAGUUUUCAUUUAUUUAUGGUGGAUGUGUUUUGUUAAAAGGUGUCUACCCACUCUCUUGACAGAACUGUUAUUGUUUGUAACAUGAUCAAUAUAGUCCAUUUUAACUGGGAGAAUUGCAGACUGGAGAAUGUAUAUCGACACAUUUUAAUCAAAUCAUUACAGAAGCAAUCACUGUAGAGUUUUUGUGCUUAAAGAUCCAAAUCGUAAUACAAGAUUAAAUUUACAUUGCAUGUAUCUAGAGUUCCCUUAAUUUUGUGACUAAAUCAGUUUCUGUCGUUACCUCUCUUCUCCACGAUGGUCUCUAUAGCUAUUCCAAAUUGAUAUUUCCUAUUGCAAAGAACAGAAAGCAAGACUAGACUCAUGUGAUUCUCACAUUUAAUAAAAGGUGCUGUCUUGUCUUUACAUCUCCCCAGAUGCCAGAUUUUGCUUUCAGAAUAAAUCAGGCACUUGGGAAAAAUCUGAAAUUUGUAUUGUUACCCAGUGUAUGUUGUGGUUAACCAAAACUCCCUCUCUCACGAGAGCAUCAUCCCUCGCCAAAAUUUGGGUUUUAAAUCAUGUACUUAAGAUCAGUGUUCCUUUCCCACUGUGGGUUUCCCCUGGUUAUUACCAUCUUAAAAUGGCAGUUUCAGGUUUUUUUUUAUUUUUUAUUAAAUUUUUUUUUUUUUUUUUUUGUGUGUGUGAUUUGUUAGUUUGGUCAGUUUGGAAGAUGUUGGAUAUUGUGAUUUAUUUAUAAUGGUAAAACAAGAACUCCGUGUUGGAUAAAUGUAUAACUGUUUGCAGAUAAUCUGUCUUUUCUCAAAUAAGUGCCUGUUUCCAUAGAACCUUUUUGAAGUUCUGUUUUAACAUCUUUGGGUCAAAAGACAAUAGUGCUAUGAAAAACAUGUAUUCUUUCUCCCUUGUUCACUUGCUUUUCUGCCCAUUUAAAUGGCGUUAUCAAUCCAGUGUUUUGAAUUAUAUUGAAUAUGAUCUUAUGUUUUGGAAAAUAUGUAAUGUGCCGAACAUUUUUGGAAAUUUUUGGAAAGGUUCUGUCUCCUGUGCAGUGGUAUAGGAUGAUUUAACAUUAGGGCAAGUUUUUGGAUUUAAGUCCUAGGUCCUCUUUUCAUAGAAUAAAAUCUUGGAUGCUUGGAUCCUGCCACAGGGCUCUGUCACAUGGUGCCUUUGGUUCCAUCAGUCAGGUGUGAUGCUGCUAGCGGAAUGCAUAGGCUAAUGCAUGCACAACACAACUUGGACGCUGUCUGAUAUAGGAGUAAAUCAAAGUAAAUUUUAAAAAAAGUGAAUUGUUCAACCAAUAAAGGCUUUUGUAUUUACAUGUA